AUGACUGUAAGAAUCGGGACGGACGAGAAAACUAAAGUGAUCGAAGAUGUUCAAAGACCAACAAGUUUAGAGAAUGAAAUAUUAGAUUUUGAUGGUAGAAUUCCAAAAGUUUCACGACCACAUGGAAAUGCAUUCAAGAAUUUAUCUAUUGUUAAAUCUGAAAGUUACAAACCAACAAUAUUUGAACUUCGUAAAGAAUAUUGGGCUAAAAAAAGAAUUAUACUUAAUGUCGGAGGAAUAAAGUAUGAAACUUAUCGUUCGACAUUAAUAGCAUUUCCCGAAACAUUACUUGGCACAAUGUUUCAAGAAAGGAAUAAUGAAUUAUUGAAUUCAACAAAUAACAAUAAUGAAAGUAAUAAAGACGAAUAUUUUUUUGACAGGAACGGCAAAGCUUUUCAUUAUAUUAUGGAAUGGUAUCGUAAUGGUGGCGAAAUAAUUUGGCAUAAUCACGAUGGAGCAACGGUAGCAACAGAAGAAGGAAAAAAUGAUGAUGAAUUUGAGAUUUCAGGAUAUGGAAUUAUUAAUAAUUAUUUAUCAUCAAUAAUUGGAUUAUUAUUAGGAGGAGAUGAGAAUAAUGACAACGAAGAUAAUAAAAAUAGUAACAAUAAAUCAAUUGAUGAAAUUCUUAUGGUUCGUAGUGAUGAUUUAACACCUGUUGAAGAAAAAUACAUUCAAUUAAAUGUCUACUUGAAUUAUGAUUAUGAUAAAAUUUUUGAAAAUAUCAAGAAAUUUAGCUUAGAUUAA